UGUGCGCGCUCCCGCGAGUGGCUGGAAAGAUGGCGGCGCUCAUCCCUCUCACACAGCUUUCAAGUGGCAAUCCAUUAUAUGAAACAUAUUACAAGCAGGUCGAUCCUUCUCAUACUGGAAGAGUAGGACCAGCAGAAGCUGCUCUCUUCCUCAAAAAGUCUUCUCUUUCAGAUAAUAUUCUCGGGAAGAUUUGGGACCUUGCUGAUCCAGAAGGGAAAGGCUAUUUGGAUAAGCAGGGGUUUUAUGUAGCUCUUAGGCUAGUUGCCUGUGCACAGAGUGGGCAUGAAGUGAACUUGGCCAGUUUAAACGUCCCUGUGCCGCCUCCUAAGUUUCAUGACACCAGCAGUCCGCUUUUAAUUACUCCUCCCCCUGCCGAUGGACAUUGGUCAGUUCGGACAGAAGAGAAAUCAAAAUUUGAUGGUAUUUUUGACAGUUUAUUGCCAGUCAAUGGCUUACUUUCUGGAGACAAGGUGAAACCAGUGCUUAUUAACUCUAAGCUACCUCUGGACAUCCUGGGAAGGGUGUGGGAGCUGAGUGACAUAGACAAGGAUGGACAUUUGGACAGGGAUGAGUUUGCAGUGGCCAUGCAUCUUGUAUAUAGAGCUCUUGAAAAGGAGCCUGUGCCAUCCGUAUUACCUCAGUCUCUGAUCCCGCCAAGUAAGAGGAAGAAGACUCCAACGUUUCCAGGAGCCGUCCCUGUACUUCCUGCCAGUCCUCCACCUAAGGACAGUUUACGUUCCACCCCGUCUCAUGGCAGCAUGAGUAGUUUAAAUAGUGCCGGCAGCUUGUCUCCAAAGCACUCCUCCAAACCAACACAGCCUACAGUAAAUUGGGUGGUUCCCCUGAGCGAGAAGAUGCGCUACGAUGACAUCUUUCUGCAGACGGACCUGGACAUGGAUGGAUAUGUGAGCGGGCUGGAAGUAAAAGACAUCUUUAUGCAGUCUGGAUUGCAUCAAAGUAUGCUCGCGCACAUAUGGGCUCUCGCUGACACAAGGCAGAUUGGAAAACUUAGCAAAGAUCAGUUUGCAUUGGCAAUGUACCUCAUACAACAGAAGGUCAGCAAAGGGAUUGAUCCCCCACAGGUCUUGUCACCUGACAUGGUACCCCCAUCAGAAAGGAACCCACCCCUACAGUCUGUGGCUCCUCUGCCUGGGUUUUCUCCUCCUCUCCAGACCAUCUCAGGUUACAUGACCCCAGUAGGAAAUGAAAUGGCAAGCCUAACAGAAAUGCGCCGUGAUAGCUCCAGCUCUGUUGGAUCUGGAGAAUUUACUGGUGUGAAAGAACUGGAUGAAAUCAGUCAGGAAAUUGCACAGCUGCAGAGGGAGAAAUAUGCUCUUGAGCAGGACAUCCGAGACAAAGAAGACUCCAUAAGGCACAAGACUACAGAAGUUCAAGAACUACAAAAUGACCUAGACCGAGAGGCCUCUACACUUCAAGAAUUGGAAGCCCAGAAGCAAGAUGCCCAAGACCGUUUGGAUGAAAUGGACCAGCAGAAAGCAAAGCUAAAGGAUAUGUUAACUGAUGUAAGGCAGAAAUGUCAGGAGGAGGGGCAAAUGAUCUCCUCACUGAAGAUACAGAUUCAGUCUCAGGAGUCAGAUGUCCAAGCGCAGGAGGAGGAACUGAACCGAGCCAAAUCAGAGCUCAACAGACUGCAGCAAGAGGAGACUCAGCUGGAACAGAGCAUCCAGGCGGGCAGAGUUCAGCUGGAAACCAUUUUAAAAUCAUUGAAAUCCACCCAGGAAGAAAUUAACCAGGCCCGAAGCAAACUGUCACAGCUGCAAGAAAGUCAGCAGGAAAUGAACAAAUGCAUAGAGCAAUACAACAGCACACUAAACGGAGACCAUGGGAACAGCCUCAAUAGUUUUUCCGAGGUUGAGGCCUUUCCUGCAAGAGAGAGGAUGGAUCCUUCCAAAAAAACGGAUGAUCCUUUCAAGAACAAAACUCUUUUCAGUAACAACAGUCAGGAACCGUACUCUGACCCAUUCCAGACUGAAGACCCCUUUACAUCUGAUCCUUUCAAAGGAGCUGACCCUUUUAAAAGCAAUCCUUUUGGAGAUGACCCUUUUAAAGAAAAUGAUCCCUUUCACGCACACACAUCAGAUGACCCAUUUCAGAAGCCUUCAAAAAGUGACCCCUUUUCCUCUGAUCCCUUCACUAAAAACAAUGUCCACUCAAUGACCCUACCUCUAAAGUCUGAUCCCUUUGAGAGCAGCGAUCCUUUUUCCUCUUCCACAUUGCCUAGAAAAGAGCCAGAUCUGUUUGGUACUUUAGACCCAUUUGGGAGCAGUGCAUUCAGCAGCAAUGAAAGUUUUGCAGACUUCAGCCACAUGUCUAAGCUUCACACAUCAGACUCAUUUUCUGGCACUGGAUUCACAGAAGACCCUUUUAAAAGCAAACAUGACACCCCAGCACUGCCCCCCAAAAGGAGUGUUCCACCACGACCCAAACCUCCGAGUGGUAAAAGCACACCAGUGAGCCAUCUGGGACCAUCUCAUUUCCCAAAGACCCAUGAUCCCUUUCAGCCAUUUGGAACAGAACCUGGAGACCCGUUUCAGAGUCGGAAGGCAUUUGCAGACCCCUUCAGUGGCAAAGACCCCUUCGCCUCCUCGCAGCCGGGAAAACACUCAAAGGGAACAUCUGCCGGGUUUGCAAACUUUGGCUCUUUUGGGAACGAAGAGCAGCAACUAGCCUGGGCCAAGCGGGAGAGUCAGCGAGCUGAAAAGGAGAGACUAGACCGAUUAAAACGACAAGAGCAAGAAGACCUGGAGCUAGCAAUUGCCCUCAGCAAAGCAGAGAUGCCCAGUUCUUGAAAAUCAAAUCCACCAAUUCCUCCACUUCCUGUGUCCAUGGGACCCAUCGGCAAUUGUGUUACAAGUUGGGCAGAGGGGCGAGGAACCCCAAAAUGACUCAAUGUUAAGCUAGCCUUCUUAUAUGUCUGAACUAUUAGCCAAUUACCGGGGAACUGUGGCUGCAAUAUCAUUCUUAAACUACCCAAUGGGAAUUAUUCAGUGAAUCAUCUCAUGUUUAUCCUAUUGUUUUAUAUCAGGGAGGUAGCCCCAUUCAUUUAUUGUCCUUUCCUUAACCUACAAACCCCUAUCCCAUCAGCUGCACUCAGCUUGUACAAAGCGUUCACCAGGUAUGACGGCUACACACAUGAUCACCAGUAAAAACAAGUGUCAUAAAGUAGCGUUUCUUUGUUAGACGUUUUCAACAUUGCAUUUUCAGCGUUCGUAAUGGGAUCUGGAUUAUUUCGUCUAACUUUCCUUUGUUCACAUGGACUUCAUUUAGAGCAAGUGGCAGCUAUUUCAACAGUCAAACAGAAAACCACGCAAGUUUGGGGAAAAAAAAGAAAUAUUAGCAAAUAAUCUCGGUUAUGAUGUGAUUUAAGACGAAGGACUUCAUUGGUAGCAGAUAAUGUGAUUAUCAGUAUAUAUUUUAUCUUCUGCAGAUGAUGUUCAAUGGUUGUUCCAUCUAUUUUUUAGUUAAUAGUGGUAAAAAUAUAGGAUUUCUUUUAACUAUUUAAAGUUUUAAAAUAUUUUGAAGAUGCACUUUCACUGCAAAUUUGAGCUAUGGGAUCCCUUUCACCUUUUUAUUUUAAUGUUUUUUUUUAGCAGAUGGAUGCUUUGGAAUGGAAAGUAAGUAAAUGUGGUUCCCUUAAACAACUUCAAGUAUAAACUGUCAUAAUUUU